AUGACGCCUAUACUGUAUGGAAUCCCAGCAUCGCCCCAUGUUUUGAUUGCUCGCGCUGGGCUCGAGGAGCUAGGUGUCGUCUACAAACUCGUCACAGCAGUCCCCCACGGCCAAGACCCAGAGUUUGUAAGGGUCUCGCCGUUAGGCAAGGUUCCUGCACUUACUGACGGCGAUUUUUCAGUUGACGAUUCCACAGCAAUUGUUUCCUAUUUUGACUACAAGUUGCACGGCAACGACAAGAAGUCGAUUUUUGGUAAUGACCCACAAUCCCGGGCCAGAAUUGUCAAGUUUGAAAAGUAUCUUCAGAUCGAAGGGUUCGACCUAGCCAGCCGGUUCUUCAGGCACUUCCGGAACGGCGGCAGCAUCGAGCAAUUGACCGAGAUCCAGCGAAAUGCUAUCAAGGUCCUUGACUAUCUGGAGUCUGAGCUGCAGGAUAAUGGCCAUUUUGUUGGAAGUAGCUACACGGCUGCUGAUACGGCGUUGGUUGCGCGCUUGAUGGCCUACCAUCUUGCUCGACAGACACUCGACAACAACAAGCACCCCAAGCUGUCAAGUGCGUAUGAGAAGGCAAUUAAAGAGGCCAGGUUUAGCAAGAUCCUUUCCGAUGCCGAGGCUAUGAUGGGGAAGCUUGCCGAUCGAUCAGCAGAAUCCACCCCCUAA